UGUUGGGUGUUGAGUAACUUUCGCGAAGGAAAAUCCAUUUCCAUCGAACUCUACGAAAGGUUUUUUUCUUGUAUAAUAUAGUAUUUGCCUUAGUAUUUAUCCCAGUUUUCGAUAGUUUGUUAAUUGUGUCACCAUUGAUGCCUCUGAACCUGAGAAUUAUGGUUCAAAAGUUACGAAUCGCCGUUGUUUGCUCCAGCAACCAAAACCGCAGUAUGGAAGCGCAUAAUUUCUUAAGCAAGCGCGGUUUCAACGUGAAAUCCUUUGGUUCUGGAGUGCAAGUGAAGCUGCCUGGACCAGCACCGGAUCGACCAAACAUUUAUUCGUUUGAAACAACCUACGAUGAAAUGUACAAAGAUUUACUGAAAAGAGACCCACAACUAUAUAAACAAAAUGGAAUCCUCCAUAUGUUGGACAGAAACAGAAGAAUAAAAGCACACCCUGAGAGAUUCCAAGAAACUGAAGAAGAGUUUGAUCUUGUUGUCACAGUUGAGGAGAGGGUAUAUGACCAGGUUAUUGAGUACCUGGAGUCAAGAGGUUCCCAAAGCUACUCACCAGUGCAUGUGAUAAACUUGGAUAUUCAGGAUAACCAUGAAGAAGCAACAGUAGGGGCCUUUCAUAUAUGUGAAAUGUGUCAAGCUAUUGAAGGCCUAGACGACUUAGAAAAUGAAAUUGAUGAAGUUCUUCACAAACUGGAAAAAAAAUGGACAAGAACUCUACUUCAUACAGUAGCUUUCUACUAAAUAUUGAAUAUUUGUACAAAUAGAUAUAUUUUAUUUCACCUUAAGUGUAAAUAGAUAUUUGUGAUUUUGUGAUAUUCUGGUUAUUCCAAGGUACCCUAAGUUGAAAAUGCAAUAUAGGUCAGUCUAUGCACUUAGCUGUUAAAACCCUAGGAAUUGGCAGGGACAAAUUAAAACAGCUUGAAAGUAGUUGGGAGACAAGUGGGUAAUUUUGUAGGAAAUGGUUGGGAGAAAAAUGGGGGCAGAAAGAGCUUGAAGGAACGGAAUACUGUAGGUAACAUGAAGAUGUGUAACAUGGGUGUUAACACAUAACUUGCAAGAGAAUUAGAUGCUUAUGCAAGUAAAUCAGUGGAGUAAUAACCUGAUCCUCCCAAGACUUUCCCAUAAUGAUCCCUAAUAUCUUAACAAUCAAUUAGAGGGAACUUUUGAACCAAUUAGAAUUACAGUAUUGUUUAGAGACUUUGUGACACCACUCAAAUCAACACAAGUUAGAAUAAUUUAAAUUAUAUUAUUUAAAUGCUGUAUGUAAUUAAUAUAAACCUGUAUGGCCCAACUUUAGGAACAGUUUAAUCUGUUCAUUAUAUUGUUUCUCUAAAUUGGCUUGAAUAUUUUUUAUGCUUUUUGUAUGUACAAAAAUAUUACAAAUCCACCCAGAUUGUCAGAUGAAACACAAACAAGAAGUUUAUAUCAAUCACUCCUAAACUUUGGAAACCCAAUAUCUUGAACUUCAAGGGGAAACAGAAGAGAGAGCUCGAGUUAUUUGGGUCAAAUUAACAUUACAGUGAAACAUCCAAGGAAAACAACCUUUGGUUUGCUUCGUUGGGAGGUCUCGAAAAAAUUCAGGGCUCUAGAAAUUGGGAUUUCCACCAAAAUUUUCAAUAAUAAUAGUAACCCUACCUCAAUAAGGAUUUUCUCUGUCCACUGGUUAGAUACUUAACUGUAUUUUUGUCUGAAGUAGUCUAGCUGAUAUAAUGUCUGUAUGAACUUUUAACUUUCAACUCCAGGACGGUUACAAUAUGGAGUCUGUGGAGCAGGCAGAGAAAGCAACAAGGAUGUAGUAAUAACUGCAACUAAUGUUAACAGUAGUAUUUAGUAUGUAAGUUGCAGUGUGUCUGCAUUUAUAAAAUACUUUAGGGUGUUUGUCAAUAAUAUACUUGGCCCAAUAUUUUGGCAGGGGUGCGUCAUGUGUCAAAGGGACUUUCUUAAAUAUAUGGCAUUUUUUUUCCUUCUU